CCCCGGCAUGGCGGCGGCGGAGGGAGCAGAGUCCGGCGGCGGCGGCGCGGGCCUGGCCCUGGCGGUGGGCGGUGCCGGGCGGGCGGCCCGCGUCGGGGACCCGGGGGACCUGGUGGCCCUGGCCCGGCAGGUGCAGCAGGCGGGUGACUUUGUCCGAGCGAACGCCUGCAACCGCCUGACCGUCAUUGCCGACCAGAUCCGGUAUCUGCAGGAGCAGGCUCAGAAGGUAUUGGAGGAAGCUAACAGAGAUGCUGAUCUGCACCAUGUGGCCUGCAACUUUGUGAAGAAGCCAGGAAACAUUUACUACCUGUAUAGGCGGGAGAGUGGCCAAAGAUACUUCUCCCUCCUGUCUCCCAAGGAGUGGGGCACCAGUCCCCACGAGUUUCUCGGUGCCUAUAAGCUCCAGCACGACAUGUCCUGGACUCCGUUUGAGGACAUCGAGAGGCGAGAUGCUGAAAUCAACAUCCUGGACAAGCUGCUGAGCCGGCAGGCGGUGCUGCCCCCGUGUACAGAGCCCAACUUCCAGGGUCUCACCAAGUGAUGCAAACCGUGGUGACCACGCGGGACCUCUGAGCAAUGGGUAGUGUCUGAGUGCUGCCAAAGGCAGGGCAAGGAAAGAGACCAAGAAACAAACAUGCUGAUGCUGCAAGUACUUGCUCUGCGCUUUAAUGAGACUAAUUCUGAAUUCAGUCUUACUGGAUUUUCUAGUAAUCGAGUAAUUUAUUUCUUUGACUUAUGCCAAGCUGUAUCAAUUGGCAGAUAAUAUCAGGUGGAGUAAUUUCAAGAGGGCUUGGAGCAAAAAGCAAACAUGCUUGGGGCAGAUGUGGUAAUGCUACAAAAUGUGUCUUACCUGUCUGACUCUGGUGUGCCUCAGAGUGACUGCCUGCAGCAGGUAAUGAUUUCAGGGCUGGAUUUUAUUCCUCAUUAAAACACGCAUAUUUAUGAA